AUGCUCACAGUCGCACGUUGAUUACGUAUUACAAAAACGAUAGCUCUCAUUUGCAAACGCUCUAGCUAAAUUUCUUCACAACGAAUAAGGAUGACUGAGCAGGAUGUGGAGAAUGAGCUCUUGGACUAUGAGGAGGAGGAUGUGGUGGGAGAUCUAUCAGGAGGGGACAUUCUGUCCAUUAAAAAGGAGCGUGUGAAGGGCUCCUAUGUGUCCAUCCAUUCGUCUGGGUUUAGAGACUUCCUGUUGAAGCCUGAGCUGCUGAGGGCGAUAGUGGACUGUGGCUUUGAGCAUCCCUCUGAGGUUCAACAUGAGUGCAUCCCUCAGGCCAUCCUGGGUAUGGAUGUGCUGUGCCAGGCUAAGUCUGGUAUGGGCAAGACGGCCGUGUUUGUCCUGGCCACACUACAGCAGCUGGAGCCUGUCACUGGACAAGUGUCCGUGCUGGUGAUGUGUCACACCCGAGAGCUGGCGUUUCAGAUCAGCAAGGAGUAUGAGAGAUUCUCCAAGUACAUGCCGACUAUCAAGGUGGCAGUGUUCUUUGGUGGCCUGUCUAUAAAGAAGGACGAGGAGGUGUUGAAGAAGGAGUGUCCCCAUGUGGUGGUGGGGACGCCGGGGCGAAUCCUGGCCCUGAUCCGCAACAAGACCCUCAACCUGCGACACAUCAAACACUUCAUCCUGGACGAGUGUGACAAAAUGUUGGAACAACUUGACAUGCGCCGAGACGUCCAGGAGAUAUUCCGUCUGACCCCCCAUGAGAAACAGGUCAUGAUGUUCAGCGCCACCCUGAGCAAAGAGAUUCGCCCCGUCUGCCGAAAGUUCAUGCAAGAUCCGAUGGAAAUCUUUGUUGAUGAUGAGACCAAGCUGACUCUCCACGGGCUGCAGCAGUACUACGUCAAACUGAAGGACAACGAGAAGAACAGGAAGCUCUUUGAUCUCCUCGACGUGCUGGAAUUCAACCAGGUGGUGAUCUUUGUGAAGUCCGUGCAGCGCUGUGUGGCUCUGGCCCAGCUGUUGGUUGAGCAGAACUUCCCGGCUAUUGCCAUCCACCGCGGGAUGCCUCAGGAGGAACGUCUCUCUCGUUACCAACAAUUUAAAGACUUCCAGAGACGUAUCCUGGUGGCCACCAACCUGUUUGGCAGAGGGAUGGACAUCGAGAGGGUCAACAUCGCCUUCAACUACGACAUGCCAGAAGACUCUGACACGUACCUGCACAGAUAUUAA